AUGACGCAGUCACCAUAUACCAUCCGCACUGGUAUUUAUCCCGAGAUCGACCCAGAUCGACUCACGGGCUCGCUAACAGGCAAGAAUGCCCUGAUAACGGGUUCUGGCAGGGGUAUCGGGCGGGAGAUCGCCAUCGCAAUGGCGCGGGCUGGGGCUAAUGUUUGCGUCACGGCACGAACAAGCAGCCAAGUCGAGGAAACAAAAGCCGAAAUUGUGAGCUUAGACCUCAGCAGCAAGGUCGUAGGCAUAGUGGCCGAUGUGCUUAGACUGGAAGAUCAAGAACGCCUCGUACGCGAAUUCCGUGAACAGCUCGGCCCUGUCGACGUCUUGGUGUGCAAUGCUGGCAGCAACAUCUUCCAGCCCUUCCACUUGACGAAUGCAACUGAGUGGUGGGACAUCAUGGAGCUGAACGUCCGGGCCCCCGUCGAACUCACCCGACUCGUCCUUCCAGAAAUGCGCGAGAGGAACCGAGCCGCCAUAAUCUACACUUCGUCACGUGCUGCUAACGCAGACCUCCCCUGGACUACGGCAUACAACUGUGCCAAGACAUCUAUUUCAAGAUUCGCAGGAACUCUACAGGUCGAACUAGACCAGGUACAGAAGAUCGAGAAGGGAGUGGACAACAACAUAGCCGUCUUCAGCAUUCAUCCGGGUGAGAUAGAGACCAAUCUCCACGAGACGGCGUUUCCGGAAAAGACAAAACGAGAAGCGCCUUACGUCAUUGAGCAGAUGGAUAAGAUAGGCGCCAAAAGGCCUCACUUCGAGGCCGCUUUGCCAGCAUGGACUUGUGUGUGGCUUAGCUCGGGGAAAGGUUCAGCUCUCCGAGGGAAGUUUGUGGAUUGCACACGUGAUGUCGGUGAACAGUCCAAGGAGGCUAAUGAGGCUAACAGGGCAGUAAAGAUAUAA